AUGAAGCUUUCACUCUGGACUUUGGCCGUCGCACUCCCCCUUGCUUGUGCCCAAAACAACAACAACAAUGAAGAUCACAAUAAUCACCAUUCGGAAGUGAAUGGUAAUAACAACGACCAAAGCCAAGACCAUAACCGCACCCGUGACUAUAACAACUCACAUGAUCACAGUCACACUAACGAUAACGACCAGGGUCAUAACCGUACUCGUGAUUACAACAACUCACAUGACAAUAACCACACCGACAAUGACCAGGAUCACGACCAGGACCAUAAUCGUACCCGUGACUACAACAACUCGCACCAUAACGAGCACACCCGAACCAAUAGUGCAGUAUCUACAGGCACUUCGGCCAACGGAGGUAAGCCCUCUCCUAUCGGUGCUGGUGUUGGUAGUGCUGCUGAGAGUACCAAAACUGAUAUCAAAACAUCUACCGUGACUACAAGUUCUACUAAGAUCGCUUCCACCACUGCCUCUGCCAGUCACAGUAGUACUACCAGUUCCGCUAGCUCUUCCAGUGUGUUAUCCACUUCCAGCUCGACCAGCUCCACCUCUUCGUCUUCUAAUGCUGGAAUGGCCGUGGUCGUAGGCGGGUCUACUAUUUUCGGUGCCGCCCUUUGUGCUAUAGCUAUUUUGUAG